UCUAAAUCGGAACGAACGCUGAAUUUCGGGGGCCAGGGAAGGAGGUUAAAAUUUGUUCCAGAAUCAUCAAUAUCCAGGGAGAAAAAGAAUGUUAAGGAAAAACAAAACAUUAAUUUUUGAAUACUUUCUUAAUCUCAUUAAUGGAGCUUUCUUGGUUCUUGGACUUUUAUUCAUUGGAUUUGGUGUGUGGCUUUUAUUAGAUAGAAACAAUUUUUUAACAGCUUUGGAUGAAAAGAGUCACAAUAUAGUAUAUAUUUCUCAAAUUUUGAUUGGAACAGGAUCUGCAAUUGUUCUUCUUUGUCUAUUGGGUUAUUUGGGAAUUCACAACAAAAUCAGAUGGCUGUUAAUUCUGUAUGCAAUACUGAUAACAUGGGCCUUUGGUGUUCAGGUUAUAUUUUCAGCAAUCAUCUUCACAAAGAAAGAGGAGGUUCGUCAACUAUGGCGUGAUAAAAUUGAUUUAGUCAUUUCUGAGUAUGGAUCUAAAGAUAAGCCUGAAGAAAUACCCAAGUGGACUAUUCUGAAUGCUUUACAGAAAACAUUACAGUGCUGUGGCCAACACAAUUACACAGAUUGGAUGAAGAAUAAGAAUAGAGAAAAUUCAGAAUUGGUGCCAUGUUCUUGCACGAAAUCUAUGUUAAAAAAAUGGUUUUGUGAUGAGCCACUGAAUGCAACUUACCUAGAGGGUUGCGAAAGUAAAAUCAGCACAUGGUAUAAUGCAAAUGCUUUAACUUUAAUUGGAAUUAACUUUGGACUUUUGGCUUUCGAGGUUUUGCAAAUCUCAUUAACUGUUUGUUUCAUCAGACACAUAAAGAAUAGAAUACAUGCUAAAAUAUGAUCUUUGGAUUUUAAUUUGUCCAGAAGAAACCACUUAAUUCUCAAAAUAAUCACAUUAUAUUCAUGUUUUGAAUUACAUUAAACUUUAGGACCUAUUUAAGUCAUUUAUUAUGUAUAAUAAAGAAUUAUUGAAAAUUA